CGGGAGCCCCUCAGCAACUCCUCGAGCGGUCCGGAUCGGGUGGUGCGAGCUCCGCGCCGCCCUCCCACAGUCGCCAAGUCGCCGGCCCUCCACUCCUCGCCGCCGCCUCAGGAGUCUCCAGGUCGCACUCGGCGCGCCCCGCAGCCGCAAUCAUGGGGUGCUGGGGUCGGAACCGGGGCCGGCUGCUAUGCAUGCUGGCGCUGACAUUCAUGUUCAUGGUGCUGGAAGUGGUGGUGAGCCGGGUGACAUCGUCGCUGGCGAUGCUCUCCGACUCCUUCCACAUGCUGUCGGAUGUGCUGGCGCUGGUGGUGGCUCUGGUGGCGGAGCGCUUCGCCCGGCGGACCCACGCCACCCAGAAGAACACGUUCGGCUGGAUCCGGGCGGAGGUGAUGGGGGCUCUGGUGAACGCCAUCUUCCUGACCGGUCUGUGCUUCGCCAUCCUGCUGGAGGCCAUCGAGCGCUUCAUCGAGCCGCACGAGAUGCAGCAGCCCCUCGUGGUCCUCGGCGUCGGCGUGGCCGGGCUGUUCGUCAACGUGCUGGGGCUCUGUCUCUUCCACCAUCACAGCGGUUUCGGCAAGGACUCGGGCCACGGCCACUCGCACGGCGGCCACGGCCGCAACAAGAUAAGCCGCCCCGGGAGCAGCGACAGCAAUGUGAACCCGGGCAAGCAAGGGCCCGACCAGGAGGAGACCAACACCCUGGUGUCCAACAGCAGCAACUCGAACGGGAUGAACCUGGACCGUGCGGAUUCAGAAAAAUCCAGAAAUGAUGCAAUGGAAGUACAAGUGAAUGGAAAUCUUAUCAAAGAACCUGACCAUAUGGAAUUAGAAGAAGAUAAGACUGGACAACUUAACAUGCGUGGAGUUUUUCUGCAUGUCUUUGGAGAUGCCUUGGGUUCAGUGAUUGUAGUAGUAAAUGCCUUGGUGUUUUACUUUUCUUGGAAAGGUUGUCCUGAAGGGGAGUUCUGUGUGAACCCAUGUACCCCUGACCCUUGCAAAGCCUUUGUAGAAAUCAUUAAUAGUACUCAUGCUCCAGUUUAUGAGGCUGGUCCUUGUUGGGUACUAUAUUUAGACCCAACUCUUUGUAUUGUAAUGGUUUGUAUACUUCUUUACACAACUUAUCCAUUACUUAAGGAAUCUGCUCUUAUUCUUCUACAAACUGUUCCUAAGCAAAUUGAUAUCAAACAUUUGAUAAAAGAACUUCGAAAUGUUGAAGGAGUUGAGGAAGUUCAUGAAUUACAUGUUUGGCAACUUGCUGGAAGCAGAAUCAUUGCCACUGCUCACAUAAAAUGUGAAGACCCGACAUCAUACAUGCAGGUGGCUAAAAUCAUUAAAGACGUUUUUCAUAAUCAUGGAAUCCACGCUACUACCAUUCAACCUGAAUUUGCUAGCGUAGGCUCUAAAUCAAGUGUAGCCCCCUGUGAGCUUGCUUGCAGAACUCAGUGUGCUUUGAAGCAAUGUUGUGGGACACGGCCACAAGCCCUUUCUGGAAAGGGUGUAGAAAAGGCCCCAGCAGUUAGCAUUUCGUGUUUAGAGCUUAGUGACAAUCUAGAAAAGAAGCCCAAAAGGACUAAGGUUGAAAACAUUCCUGCUGUUGUGAUAGAGAUAAAAAAAAUGUCAGCCAACCAACCUGAAUCAUCUUUGUAAGUCUUGAAAAGAUAUGUUUGACUAUUGCUUUUAAGCUGCAAGAGGAAAAAAAUCUCCACUGAAAUUCUAAGUUUGCCAAGUAGUAUAAUUGAAGUCCUUGUUCUGGUCACACAGUUUAAUUCUAUUUUUGUAAGAAGAUAAUGGGACUGCAUAACAGAGUUCUAUAUUACAACUUUGUGAUUAUUAGUGCAGUGUACAGCUAUGCUGUAACAGUUUUGGAAAGCCAGUUUUUAACACUAUGUUACAUUUUUGUUUAAGUAUAAACCUUAUAUAACAUAAUGGCAUUUGAUUUCCGUUUUCCCAUGGUAAAAAUUAGGGGGAUAAAUAAAUUGAAAUUGUUAUUGGAA